UUACCGGUUAGAAAGAUGCAAACAACUAGAAUAUAUUUCCAGGAGAAUGAGGAGAACGGCGAGCCCGAGGUAGAUGAUGAAGAUGAUGAUGAAGUGGAUGAGGAGGAGGAGGAAGAUGACGUAGAAGCCGGCGAUGAGGAAGACGAGGAGGACGAUGACGAUGAACUUGAGGGCGGCACAAAACGGCCAGCUGACGACGACGAUGACGACGAUGAGGACGACGUUAAAACCAAGAAGCAGAAAACCGACGACGACGAUUGAUGCGUUUCCCUCGCCCGCGACUUCCCGCUGAAUCACUUCCUGCUUCUCCGCCUGCGACCGUUUUCAUU